AUGCGUUUCUUCAUCACUGCCUUGGUCCUGGCUGCAUCCUGCGCCUUUGCUGACCCAGGUGCUACAAUUGGUGACCUCUACGAUAAUGAGGGAUGUCAAAACGAAGCCCUUGGCCCUCUCAUUGAUAACCAGUGCACCAAUAUCACCGAUGUCACAGCUAUCAAUUUUUCUGCGGCUAAUGCCGUCUGUUAUCUGUUCAAUUCCGACGAUUGUUCAGGAGAGCCUAUAUUUAACGAUACGUUGACAGAUGGUUGCCAGCCGGUGAAAGAUUGGGCGGAUGGCAAGAGCUUCAUCAGUUGCUUUGGCCAAACGAGUGCUUAA